UACGUACAUUUCCAGAAGGAGAAUGUUUCGAGUCCGAUGUGUUAGCUGUCAUUGAAAAGCAGAGAGAGACAGAAUGAACAUUCGCUGUCAGCUUUAUUCUCAAAGGGGAAACAGCAGGUGCACAUCCAAAUAAGUGGAAUGUCAUGAAAGCAUCGCGAUGUCCGUUGAAGAAUGUAGUUUGGUAAUCUGUCUUUAAUCGCGGCAUUAAGACUAGAAUGGCCGGACAAAUAGGCAAUGUCAACCCGAACAUGAUGCAGAUAGGUCUUGGGGAUAGAUAAUUGUGUUCCUCUUUUCGGUGCGAGUCGUGAUCAGGCAAGACAGUGAACCGACAGGACACUCGAUGAAUUGACAGCACUGCCCGCUAUUGGAGGAAAAGACAUGGAUAGAUGCAGAAUUAUUUGCACAUUUGCUGGGGUAGCCUUUCAUUUGAUGUAGGUGUCAUUGGUUAUAGUAAAGCCAUUUCUUAGCCAAUAGGCCGUGUUGCGUGUAUUUUGACAAAUUCCAGGAAAUCCAACAGCGGGUUGGGAGAAUUGCAGUAACGAAUUUUUAUCAUAUUGCAGGCUGUGGACUCCAUCAGCAGCAGCAGCAGGAGCUCCACUGCUGCAACAAGACCAGAGGGAGAGAGAGAGAAGCUGUCACAGGAUGCCAUGUCAUCCCCACCAAGAGGCUAUUUAUAGCAGGGUCUGAACCAUGAUGCUUUCCAUCGUGGCUGUUUGAUGCUGCUGCUGCUUGGGUAGAGCGGCUCGUUGAGACGACUCUCCGCCCCCCCCUCCAAGCCCCCUCCAAGCCCCCUGUUACCCCCACCCACCAGCCACCAUGUUGAUCAAGGAGUACCGGAUCCCCAUGCCCAUGAGCGUGGAGGAGUACCGCAUCGCCCAGCUCUACAUGAUCCAGAAGAAGAGCCGAGAGGAGAGUUGUGGUGAGGGCAGUGGGGUGGAGAUCCUAGAGAACAAGCCGUAUGAGGAUGGUCCAGGCGGGUCGGGACAGUACACACACAAGGUGUACCACAUCGGGAAACACAUCCCCUCAUGGUUCUGCUCCAUCCUGCCUCAGGCUGCUCUACGCGUGGAAGAGGAGUCCUGGAACGCCUACCCAUACACACGCACACGGUAUACCUGUCCAUUCGUAGAGAAGUUCUCCAUAGACAUUGAGACGUAUUAUAAACCUGACACAGGGACCCAAGAGUGCUUCAAUCUGUCAUCAGCAGAAAAAAGAACAAGGACUAUAGACCCCAUUGACAUUGUGAAGGACUACAUUGCACCCCAUGAGUACCUGGUUGAGGAGGACCCUAAGCUGUACUUAUCAGAGAAAACCAAGCGAGGACCACUGACUGACGACUGGAUCGAGCUCAUCAACCAGAACCCGACCCAGAACACGGUCAUGUGUGCCUACAAGCUCUGCAAGGUGGAGUUCAGAUACUGGGGCAUGCAGUCCAAGAUAGAACGCUUCAUUCACGAUGUUGGCCUGCGUAAGGUGAUGGUGCGUGCCCACCGGCAGGCGUGGUGCUGGCAAGAUGAGUGGUACGGUCUGACCAUAGAGGACAUCAGACAGCUGGAGCUAGAGACCCAGCUAGCCCUGGCCAGGACGAUGGCCCAGUACAGUCUCAGUGACACCGAGGAGGGGGCGGAAGUCACCAACGGGACCCCUGCCACCCCCGGCCAGGACCAGGAGGGAGUGAAGGCCCUGGGGGAGGGGGGAGAGGUGGAGGGAGGACGGACAGGGCUGGGAGAUGCGUUACAGACGCGUGGAGAGCUCACCAAGCAGUGGUCGACUUCGUCCAAGUCGUCUAAUAGAUCCUCGAAGAGAGGAGGAAGCCCCGUCCACCAGAACAUCUCAGAGUGGCGGAUGCAGAGUAUCGCUCGUGACUCCGAGGACAGCACGGACGACGAGUUCUUUGACGCUCACGAGGACUUCUCUGGGGAUGAGGAGAUGCUGUUACAUGUCAAGGAGAUGACCAAGUGGAGUUCCAACGACCUAAUGGACAAGAUGGAGACUACAGAGAUGGACGAGGGCCAGGAGAGCCUGUAUCAGUCGGGUGAAGAGUAUGCCGCGACCAGUAGUGACGAGAGACUCCUUGAGCGUCACGUCUCUAGUAAACGGAGACGUCGCUCCACUGUCAGGUCCCGCAGACGACCAGCUGAUGGGUCGUCUCAGCAGUGUCUGGCGCCCUCAAAGAUCCACGUUCUCCUCCUGGUGCUUCACGGGGGUAACAUCCUAGACACUGGAGCAGGUGAGCCAAAUAGUAAGCAGGCGGACGUUAACACUCUGACCGGAGCGUUUGAGACAGUGAUGAGGGUCCAUUACCCAGCAGCCCUAGGACGCAUCGCCAUCCGCAUGGUCCCUUGCCCCGCGAUUUGUGCCGACGCCUUUUCCCUGGUGUCCAAUCUCAGUCCUUAUAGUUAUGAUGAGGGCUGCCUCUCCAACAGUCAGGACCACAUCCCUCUAGCUGCACUGCCUCUAUUGGCCACCUCCGCUCCCCAGUACCAGGAUGCCGUGGCUACCGUCAUCCAACGAGCCAAUCAGGUGUAUGGGGACUUCUUAAGGUCCUUGGAAGGGACAUCCUUCUCCGGACAGGUGUGUGUGAUCGGGGACUGUGUAGGUGGUAUCCUAGGGUUUGAUGCUCUGUGCAGCAGUAACGUCACUGUCUCAGAGAGCCAGAACAGCAGCAGACGAGGCAGCACUGUCAGCGCACAGGACACAGACCUCCUCUCCCCAGGCAUCAUAAUAAACAGUGUCUCGCCGUCCUCUCCGUCUCUGGAGGGCAGUCGCCAUCUUAGUCGCAGUAACAUCGACAUCCCUCGCAGCUCAGGGCCUGACGACCCCAAGACAAUGCUGCCACGCAAACGCAGCGACUCCUCCACCUACGAACUAGACACCAUCAAACAGCACCAGGCCUUCCUGUCCAGUCUCCACAGCAGUGUGUUGAGAACAGACCCGGGUUCAAGGCGUUCCAGCAGCAGUACCAUGCUAGAGGGAGGGGGGGCACUAGGGAGGCUGGACUUCGAGGUGGCGGACUUCUUCCUCUUUGGUUCUCCUCUGGGGCUGGUGCUGGCGCUGAGGAAGACUGUUGUGCCGUCUAUAGAUGUCUCAGCGUUGCGUCCAGCUUGUCAGCAGGUGUAUAACCUAUUUCAUCCAGCGGACCCCUCUGCCUCCCGCCUGGAGCCCCUCCUAGAGAAGAGGUUUCACCAGCUGCCCCCCUUCUGUGUCCCCCGUUACCAACGCUUCCCUCUGGGGGACGGGCACUCGGCUCUGCUGGUGGAGACGAUGCAGAGUAACUCCCAGCUCCUGUUGGAGUCAGUACCCCUGUCAGUACCCCUGCGUUACCAGGAGGGGGGCGUCAGUGAGACCUCCAUCCCCGUCCCUGUACUCAACUGGCCCCAACAGGCCUCACAGCUCAACGACACUGACGUGCUCCACUCCCACUGUGGUGUGUUUGUGGACAGCCAGUACCCGUCCUCCCCACUGACCGGACCCCCCCACCCCAGGGGCCUCCGUAGGUCCAGCGAGGCCAGCAUCGCCAGCCAGGUGUCAGGCAUGGCUGACUCAUACACCGCCUCUAACAUCGCCAACACCACUAAAUGCCAAAGCAGCCCGUCUAAGAAGCUGGGUCUCCUUUCCCAGCUAGCGCUUCCUAAACUCCCCUCGAGAAGCCCCUCUCCGCGGGCCAGGAAGAAGAUCCGACCCCUCCUCUCUCUCGGACGCACCGACUCAGACCAGGGUGACAAUGACGUCACCGCCUCUGAUGUCUCAGACUUGCCAUCUGACAUCACCGAUAUGAACUCUGACUCCUCGUCGCCAGACACGCUGAUGGACGUAGAGCAAGUUGCUUCUCGGUGGUGGGGCAGUAAGCGGAUGGACUUUGCCCUGUACUGUCCUGAUGCCCUCACAGCCUUCCCCACUGUAGCCCUGCCUCACCUCUUCCAUGCGUCGUACUGGGAGUCCACUGACGUCGUCUCCUUCCUACUCAGACAGGUGAUGAGGCAUGAGAACUCGAGUAUUCUGGAGCUGGACGGUAAAGAGGUGACCGAGUUCAAGCCCUCUAAACCCAGAGAGAAGUGGAUCCGCAAGAGGACCCACGUCAAGAUCAGGAACGUGACGGCCAACCACCGCGUCAACGAUGCUGUGUUCUCUGAGGACGGAACGCAGCUGGUGAUGGGACGCUUCAUGUAUGGCCCUCUGGACAUGGUCACCCUCACUGGAGAGAAGAUUGACAUCCACAUCAUGACCCAGCCCCCCUCAGGAGAGUGGGUGUACUUUGACACCGAGCUGACCAAUAGCAGCGGACGUAUCUCUUAUGUCAUUCCAGAGAGCAAAAGGCUGGGCAUUGGAGUUUAUCCUGUCAAACUGGUCGUCAGGGGUGACCAUACAUUUGCGGACAGCUACCUGACGGUGUUGCCGCGGGGAACGGACUUUGUAGUGUUCAGUAUCGACGGCUCGUUUGCUGCCAGCGUGUCCAUCAUGGGCAGCGACCCCAAGGUCAGGGCUGGAGCUGUGGACGUGGUCAGACACUGGCAGGACCUGGGCUAUCUGAUAGUGUAUGUGACGGGUCGUCCAGACAUGCAGAAGCAGCGUGUGGUGGCCUGGCUGUCUCAACAUAACUUCCCUCAUGGAAUAGUGUCCUUCUGUGAUGGCCUGGUCCACGACCCCCUCAGACACAAGGCCAAUUUCCUCAAGGCCCUCAUCUGUGAGGCCCAUAUGAAGAUAUUUGCAGCGUACGGCUCUACUAAGGAUAUCACAGUGUACUCCUCCUUAGGCCUGCCCCCGUCACACAUCUACAUAGUGGGAAGGCCCACCAAGAAGAUGUCCAGCCAGUGUCAGUUCAUCCCAGACGGCUAUGCGUCCCAUCUGUCCCAGCUGGAGUACAGUCAGAGGUCUCGUCCUGCCAAGACCGCCAGCGCCCGUAUUGUUCUCCGUAAGGGAAGCUUCGGACUGGGCGCCGCCGGGGGGGACUACCUCCGCAAGCGCAACCACAUCCUGCGCUCCAUCAACUCAACCGGGGGGGCGGGCUCUAGCUCCCCUGGCCAACCAGGGCGCACGGAACGCACGCUGAGCCAAUGCGAGGUGGAGAGGGAGAGAGCAGGAGCGGGGACCCAGAGGAGUAUGAGUAUAGCAGCUGGGUGUUGGGGCCGCACCGGAAGCACCAAGGAGGGGUCAGGAGGAUUACUCAGCCCAAAAUAGGACUCACCAGACUGGGCUACAGGGGGGAGGGGCCCUGCCUGGCUCUACCUGGAGCACUAUGAUCUUUGGACUGGCCCUGAGAGAAAGAAGGAAGAAGUAUGUUUAAGAGAGAGUUAGAGAAAGGAAAGGAUGGGAUGAAAGAAGGAUAAGGUUUACUGAGGGGCGGAAAGUGAGAGGGAGGAGGUGAAAGGAGAGGGAGGGAAAAGGGCAAAGAGGGUGAACAAGAGGAAGAAGCAGGGUCUCUUGGGAAAUAGAUAUGAAAGGAAUAGAGAGAAGAAAAGAUUGGAUGAGUGAAAAGUAAAGCCAGAAAGAUGGGAGGUGCUCUGACUUUGCUGUAAAGAAUCAAAUGACAUUUCUACUGUAGCAUUAGAGUCUCACAGUCAAGACUUUUAUAUAACCUACCUUGGCCACUAAAAGAAAAUAACUGGAAAAUAAAACAAAUUCAAACUAAAAACAAACGAUCGUAAGCCUUAAUCGUCACCCCCUGAGGGCCUGGAGUGCCUACCCUUGUCGGAGUAAUGGUUGAAUGUACUCUCUCUACCUAGAGGACAAUGGGAAUUCACACACAUACAAACACCCCAGCUCAGGCCAGGACAUUGGAGCCACAAAAAUAAGACUCAAAUGGUGAUCUGGAGGUCAGGGGGGUCAGUCUGUAGCCAUGGCAACAAGUCAACAACUUCAUCUGUUUUUAUCCCUCUAUCCGCUGAGAUACACCUCUUUCCUUCCUUCCCUCUAACACCGCUGUGUCUGGCAAUAAGAAACGAGUCCCCUCACACUGCCAAGAGAAGCACCACUACCCUAUAGAAAGAGAGAGGGAAGAGGAGAAGCAAGAGGAAGAGGGGUGGAAGGAAAGAGGGUGGAUACAGAGAGAGAUGCAAGACAAAAGGGAGGGGAAAGGUUAUGGAUGAGAUGUACAAUUUCCUCUAGUCUAUUCCUGGGCCAUUUCUCUACUUUUAUCAGUGUGGUACUACACAGUGAUUUCUACCGUUGACCUUAGCUCGGCUCCAGUCCUUUUCACUCCGUAACAGAGUAGCUACUGUACUGUACCACGUCUUUCAGUAUGGCCUGUGGGCCAUCCCAGGCCUUAAACCCCAAUGACACAUUUAUAAAGUCAGACUGAAGGAUCCCAGGACUGAGCUAGACAAGGCUUGUCAUAGCAGUAGACAUUAGUGACACUUUUUAAACGCUGAACAAACAGAACACAGCAGCAAUCCCUUUACCAGACCAUCUGCUUGCAAUACCUCUGAGCCACCAGUAGGGGAGCAGUGUCUUUCGCUGUUUUCCAAAAGCAUGAUGCUGUUGGUAUUCAUUCAGUUCAUCCUGCUGCGCCUCUUAGCUAUCAACCUUUGUCAUUACACACCAUUCAGUGACACUCCAGUGGACUUCCCUAUGAUGCUCAGAGCUCUUUCCUCCUUGAGGGAUGUGAUGAAUGCUAUUCAUUGGACAUUGCUACAUUUCAGCCUGGAUACUGAAAGUGAUCUAGGCUUUUCACAGUGAUUUAAGCUUUUCAGCGAACCCUCACUAUUCAAAGGAUUUUCAGGAUUUCUAACAAACAGACGAGAACAGGCGAUGAGGUCACAGGAAGAAGGGUUGUAACGUUCUGAGAGCAGACAGGAUGGCCAGACCUCAUCAGAGGCAGGAAGACAUGCUUUGAUUCCAUUUUAUUUCAGAGUUCCCCUAUCCUGUUUUUUUUUUUAAAGCUGGUUUUUACCUAAUAAUAACCACCCUCUGAUACCAAGUUGUUUCCAAUUGUGAUUCAUUAUCUGAAGUACCAGAGAAUAUACAAUGUUAUUACUUAGCAAAUACCAGCUGGUAUCGGACUAUAAAAUAAAGGGUUACUAAUGCUUUCACUAAAGCUAUGGCAACCUGUACAGAGAAUUUUAGAUGAACACCUAAAUCUCAUACUACCUGUUAUCUAAUACCUGGCACCUACUGUAUGGUUAGGUAUUAUCAUUGUCUUCAAUUAUAUCCCCAUUACUAAUCACCCAAAGCCAACAAUCUCUCUCUCUAGUGGCUGUAGUAUCUCAACCUGUUCAACCUCGUUGUUGUUUUUUGCACUAGUUUAUGUUGGAGAAUCGUGUUACCGUCUAAUGUCGCUACAUAUUGUUACCUUUUUGUAGUGCAUGACAUAAAAACGAUUCAUUAUUGCAGGGUAUAUGUGCUGCAGUAGUACGCACACUCGUGUACAUUUAUUCAAUGUCAGGAUUACUGAAUAAUGUAAAAUAACGUGCCAAAAAACGAAACAGUUGUUGGUUGUGGGAAGCUAAUGUACCAGGCUGUAUCCCACCGUUUCUUUGUAUUGUGAGAAGAGUCGGGGCUUGCAUUGGCAGCAUGAUGGCGUGGCUUUAGCUGAAAAGGCAUGUGUUCUAUACUGUAUUUUAACAAUGUCAAUCAGAUUACAUCUGAUUUGUAGAUCUUUUUGAAUCCAAUAUAUUGUCCACAUCUAAGGGGACAUAAUGGCUAGCUGUAUAGGAUGUGGUUAUGGUUGUACUUUUACUUAUAACUUGAGAGCUUGGAAGCUCUAGCAUAUUGUUUUGAUUCUAGGGACAUGCUACUAUUGCCAACUUGUAUUUAUUGCAACCUGUUAUGACACCACUCAAGCGCAGUAGCAUAAGUGAUGAUUGUUAGUUAAAGCAAUAGUUCACUUCAAAAUCUACUUUUUUUUUUUUGUCAGACAUUGAUCAGACCUAUUAAAAAAAAGGUUGUAACUUCAAGUCUCUGUCCCACACCAUAGGUUGUGUAGAUCCAACUACAUAAGGUCACUUUUGAGGUUUGACCAAGUCGUACAAACUUUGAUCUUUCGGUGAACUACGACUUUAAUCAAGGAUGUAGACUAGAGCUGUAGGUGACUGGCUGGAAGGCACUAGGGGAGGUUUUGGAUACUGCCAUACUGUUUCCCCUCUGGCCUGUGGUCUGGUGAUGAUGAGCUGAUCAUCCUCCUGCUACAGGCUUGGAAAGCCCAGACUGUACAUGAUCCAUGGAUAUGUCUGUCUGUCUGUCAGUGUAGAUACUGUAAAAAUUAUACUGUAUAUGUAGGAAUAUAAUGGUUGAGAAGUAUUUAUUUCCGUAACAUGAGUUUAAUUUCUAUUAUGGAUCUUUCAGGUGAACAAUAUUUGAAUAUGUAGCGUUUUGUUUAUGAUGAGGACCAACAGUCAGUGGAAGGUGUGUAUUUUCUUUGCCAAUAUUAUUGUUUCAGUCGCAGAGUAGCAUAACCACAAGGCACAGACAGAGACAAUCUAUCUAACAUGCACGAGUAUAGACAACAUUAACAACAUCCACUAUCCCACCCCUUCACACUUCUGCUGUCCCUUUACAAAGGUUAACUGUUAAAGGUUCAAUUAUUUUAUAGUGAAAACAAAACUAUUUUUCAAACCGGAGCAUUUUACAAAGCCUUGACAAAAUACUGUAUUGCUUCCUAUCUUCUGUGAAGGCAGAUUUUUCCCCCCUUCAGAAUGAAGAAAUGUUUGAUUGUGAAUAUGUCAAGUGAAUUCCAUCUAUUUUACCUGUAAUAUGUGGUGUUCAAAAUAAUUCAGACUGGGUUAGCCAUCAAUAUUGUAUACAGUAGUUAUAUAUCAAUUAUGUUAACCACUAACCCUUAUAGUAUGUCUUGAAAUUGAAAUGUAUUUGAGAAUAUUAGAAUUAUUGCCACUUUAGUAGCAGUCUUGCAUGUACUGUACUAUUAGAUGCCAGUUUUACACAGAACAUGUUUUCUACUUUAUGGGGCCACGUGUGUGUGACUGAAGAGUUAUUAUAGUUCAAUGCCUUGUAGAUAUGUAAAGGAUAAAUAAUCAACAAUGGGCUAUGCUUUCUAUGGAAAAUAUUAAAGAUGUUUCCAGAGAACGCAUAGAGCACCGAGUUGAUUAUCCUUUUUAUACCAUGGCUAUAAUUGCAACACAUUUGGCACUAAGAAUGUGUUCAUUUGUUUACUAGAUAGCUACAACAGUUGCCUUGGUAAACAAACAGACUUGCUAGUUUAGCUAACCAAACCCUAGACCAAUCCAUCAGUCCUAGCUUGCUAUUAUGAAAAUGUAAUUAAACAA